AUGAAUUUGUUUCGCACAUUCAAUGCAACUCUUGCUCGUCGUCCUCUCAUCACUCAAAUCGUGGUUUCUGGUGCAGUUUCUGGAGCAGGAGAUGCAUUCACACAGUAUCUAACCGGACACAAAAAAUGGGACUACAUGAGAACAGCUCGUUUCUCUUGUCUCGCUGCAGUCUUCAUUGCCCCGCCAUUGAAUGUUUGGUUUCGAGUUUUGGAAAGAGUACGACACUCGAAUCGUCAUGCACAGGUGUUUGCUAGAAUGUCGAUAGAUCAGUUCAUGUUCAGUCCGAUUUUCAACGCUAUCAUUCUGGUAAACCUCCGUCUUCUGGAAGGUCUCCCGUUAUCCAAUUCAGUGGAUCGAAUGAAGAAAGAUUGGUAUGAUGUGUAUACUUCAAGUCUCAAACUAUGGCCAGCAGUUCAACUUAUCAAUUUCUAUUUCGUUCCUCUUAACUAUCGAGUGAUUCUGAUUCAAGUCGUCGCUUUCUUCUGGAACUCGUGGCUUUCGUUCAAAACUCAAACGAGUGUACUAGAAGAGCCUACUGUAGAGCCUCCAGCACAGUAUAACGUUGACUAA